GAUCUUCGGUUUCAGUCCGCGUUGCCUGGUUGUCUCGUUUUGAAAGCACCCGGACGAUUGACAGCCUUCGCUGAUGAAGUGGACACAGCUGAACGGGGACGCAGACGGGAGCCGGUAAACCUUGGACCAUCCAAAUCGCUGACUAAGGAAGGAAAUCGCGUUUUGUUUCCGUGUUUGUUUCCGGUUGUCACCUGGCAGCAGCUGCGGCAGAGAGAUGCUGUCAUAUAAAGAGACGUCAUUGAUUUCAAAGGCAGAAAAAACCGCUGUUGUGACACACUUAACGGGAUCGUUCAGGAGGAAACGGCAGGGUUGAAAUUCAGCGCAGGAGUGAGAUUUGAGUAAACGUCUGUGCUUCCCCACCAAGGAAGUGAAACCCAUGACAGAGAAGAUUCAUUCACAUCCGCUCCGAGGGGAAAUGUCUUUGGCUGAAUUAAAGGCGCUGAUCACGUUGCUCAGACGUACCAGCCCGAUCGAAAGGUUUGAGUAAUCAGGGAAACGUGGCCAGGAUGCUGCUGCAGUUUGUUUAUCUCCAUUAACUGGCCUACCUUUAUUUGAUCUGACAAGACAGAUGAAUAAAAUGUCUGAAUAGACUGCCACCUCUUUGUUUUCCUGCAGUAUCAUAAAACAUUUCUGCCCAAGAUUCACUUUGGUUCAGAUUUGACUCUGGACUCUGAAUUCAUCUUCCUCUUUUAUCCAUUUAAUGGAUAACUUGGAAAAACACCAAAUGAUAGUAGCUCGGGACAGAAGCAUCAUCUUUUAUCCAGCCCUGCAAUGAAAUUCUUACGUGCAUCGAAAGGAAGUGACUUUUAAAGCUCUCUUGUAUUAUCCGUUCGCCACGUGUUGUGAUGCUAGAUGUGGUAAAGAUGAAGGAGACUUGCAGGAUCUGUGCCCGUGAGCUCUGUGGCAACCAGCGCAGAUGGAUUUUCCACCCAACAGCCAAACUCAAUCUGCAGGUGCUGCUUUCCCACGCGUUGGGCCGUGAGCUGACCCGGGAUGGCCGUGGUGAGUUUGCGUGCUCAAAGUGCACCUUCAUGUUAGACCGCAUGUACCGCUUUGAUACAGUGAUUGCCCGAGUGGAGGCAUUGUCUCUGGAGCGUCUCCACAAGCUACUGCUGGAGAAAGACCGGCUGAGGCAGUGUAUUGGAGGCCUGUACCGGAAGAACAACUCAGAGGAGUGCAGCGUGGUCCCCCCUCCAUCCAGUGUCAGAGUCGUGACUGAGAUGGGGUCUGAAGACUCUCCUGUGGUGGAUCUGUCAUCACUCCAGGAUGUAAGAUACUCGGACAUGAUCCAGGACGAUCUUACCUACUCCGUAUAUGAGUCAUGGGCUGAUAAGGAAUACCCUACCCUGGACCAUCAUCACCACCACCUCCACCAGUGCACAGGAGCAGACUCCCUCUCUGGUCACAAGCAGAGGCGAUGUAGGGGUUGUGCUGCACUUCGAGUUGCUGAUUCUGAUUAUGAGGCGGUAUGUAAGGUUCCUAGAAGGCUCGGGCGCAGAAGCACAUCCUGCGGCCCAACUACCCGCUGCUCAACAGCCACACAGGAAGUGGAGUAUGUGGCCAGAGGCCCUGGAGCUGAUACAGCCAUCACCUUUGAGUCACCUUCUGCUGGGAUGGAACCUGAAAAGACCAUUUGUGAGCAGAAGAGUUCCAGUCCUGCAUCAUCUGUGGAGUCUCUCAACACCACUGUGGAUGUCAGUUGUCUUCCUUUAGAUCAUAAAGAGAAGGAAGAAACUGACCCAGAGAAAGAUGGAAGUGAGGCAGUGGUGAGAAGAGACAUUCAGUGGGACAAGACCCCAUGUGAGAGCUUCCUGUCUGGGUUUGAGAUGAUGCUGACCCUCUUGCGGGGUUGUGAGCACCGGCCAGUGAAAUCCCGAAGGGGCAGCAAGAUCCCAGUUCUAGUCAAAACCAAACCGGAGCGAGGCCUGUCACUGCCCCUGCACCUAUCACUGAGGUCGCCCUAUGCAGAGACGGCAGACUGUGAGCUGCACACCCACCACAGUAUACCAGAGAUCGUGACCCCAUGUCCCCAACAGGAGCUGCAGGCUGAGCUGGAAGAGAUGGAGGAGCAGUGGAUGGAUGAUUAUGUUCUGUGUGGGCCAUUUCAGUUUCAGCAGCGAUUGAUUGACAAGCAGCAGGGUCAGCUCAGUUAUUAUGAGAGUGCUGCAGGUCAGUGUGUUGGCGAGCUGCAGAAGGCCCAGGAUCAGGUGCGCUCACUACAGGCCAAGAUCAGAGAGAGCGAGACGAGGAACCAGAAGCUGCAGGAGCGCCUAGGUGAAAUGGAGCUUGAGCUGCGAUCGGCCCAAGAGGAUGCCCAGCAACAGGAGAGAAAUAUCCAGAACCUCACUGAUACUGUAAACUCCAAACAGGCAGAGGUUGCAGAGCUGUACAGGGUGAUUGAGGAGCAAAAUAAGACACUGUGUUCACUCAAAGAGCUUGCCAACCGCAACCAGCUGCAGCAGCUGCAGGCGUCUGGUGCAGAGACUAUUAGAGGUCAGGGUGAGGUCCUGGCUCUGCAGGCCUCUCUGUUCCAAGCUCAACUGGAGCUACAGGCUGGACAGAGAGCCCAGUGUCAGGCAGUCAGGACUCAGGGGGACCUGAACCGGGCCCUGGAGAGACUAGAGAAAGAGCUGCAGGGGUCGCUGGAACACAAGAGGGAGACAGAGAGACACAACCAGGAGCUGCAGCUAGCUCUAGAAAAGGCUCGAUCUGCUCUCCAGGAGAGAGAGGAGCAACUGAGAGAGGGUGAGCGAGAGAGACAGAGAGAAAAGGAGGAGAGAGAGAAGAUCAUCAGCGAGCUGAAGGCUUCCCUGAAGACCAAAGAACAGCUGGUGGAGCAGGACUGCUGUGAGUUCUUGGAGGAUCCAACGGAGAAAAGAGACUCUGUGCUUCAGAAACUUCGCCAGCGUAUAAAGGAGCGAGACAGAGCUCUGGAGAAAAUAGUGGAUGAGAAGUUCCGCUGCAUGGAGGAGAAAGACGAGGAGACUCGUCGCCUGCAGCUGCUGCUCAGAGAAAAGGAGAGAGAUCUAGAGAGACAGCGCUGCGUCCUGGCCAGCAAUGAGGAGACCAUCACUAGCCUGGAAGUACUGCUGCGGGGUAAGGCUCUGGAGCUGGAGCAGGUGUGUGAUGCCUGGAGGAACGUCCAGAGGCAGCAGCAGGAGAGUGAGGAGAGGCAGAGCUGCAUCCUGAGAGAGAGAGAUGCCAUCAUCAACCAGCUGCAGAAGGCACUGCACACUUGCACACAGGAGGCUCAGGAUCUGCGCUGCUCCUUGCUGGCUCAGAUCCAGUCUGCUCCAGGUGAUGUUCUGGAAGAGCUUAAGGUCCGGCUCCACCUCAAAGACCGCCUCUUCCAGGAAGUACUGACUGACCGGACCCAUCAAGCUCAGGAGCACCAGAAGGAAGUUCAGGAUCUCCUCAGAAGCAUCAACAGCAGAGACCAGUAUAUUAAGGACUCUGCAAUCCGCCUCAGUGAGGUCAUAACUGAGCAAAAGUCAAGACUUCAGGAACUUCGCAAACAGCUGAGCUCAGGUUUUGGAUCACAGCCUGACUUUGGAGCAGACUUGGCUUUGGAGCUUCAGGCAGUGCAGGAGGAGCUUUUUCUGGCUCUAAGAAGGGAGAAGGAGAGUCAAGAACUUACCAGGAGUCAGACUGCAAGGCUAGACUCCCUCAACAGGACUCUGCAUGUGAAGGAGGAGAUCAUUAGGGAUUUUCAGAGGCAGAUGGUGGAUCCUUCAGGCCUCCCUCUGGUGGAAAGACUGACCCAGGAGAUCCAGGAGCUGCGGGAGAGACUGGGUCAGGAGGAUAGCCCCCCAAUGAGAGGCCCUGUCCUAGGCCGUGACCGGCCUAACAGCAGGCAGCCUGACUUUGGAGAGCUGAGUGCUGAGGAUGAUGUUGAGGCUGAUGAUUUGAACACUGAAUACACUGAAAGCAUCGACGAAGAAGAGACCGACACCAAGAGUUUUGAAGGUCCAGAGAAGAAUCUGUCCCAUGGCAUGCUGCUUGAAAGUCAGGGGCUAAUCAAAGUCAAGCAGCUGGUGGAGCAGAAGAGGCUGGUUGAGAGAGAGCUGGGAGAGCUGAAGGCUCAGCUGGAGAAAGCAGGAUUCUCUUCAGUAUCACAGAUGAGGAAAGCUCUGUUCAGCUUGCAGGUAGAGAAUGCAGAAGUAAAGCGUCACCUGAAUGGAGGGUUGGAGUCUGCCAGUGAACAGAGUGAUGAGCAGAAUGCAUUGGAUGGUGAAGACAAGGAUGAAAAUGAGUUGGAUGUGACCAUAGAAGAAGAGGAGGAGGAAAACUCUGAACUGUGGGAUGCCUGGGAAGGAGAGCUUUGCCUGUCCCAGGCCAAGAGCCAGACCAAUGAUGAACAAAGGAAAAGGAGAGCCAGCAGACAUCAGACGUUGCCACUGGACUCUAAAUCGUCACAGUACAAUGACCCGGGUGGCGAGCUGUUCGCAGAUUCACAACAGGCCGCUGCGUCCUCUGCAGUUUGUGAGAAGGCAGUUCAUCUGCAGCAGAAAAGCAAAGAGCUGCAGGAGAGGCUAAUGGUUUCUGAGGCCACAGUGCAGGCUCAGGCCGAGCAGCUCAAAGAUUACAGGGACUUGCUCACAGAGACAGCAGUGCAGCAGGACAGUAAACAGAUCCAGGUAGACCUCCAGGAUCUGGGCUAUGAGACCUGCGGCCGCAGUGAAAAUGAAGCUGAGAGAGAAGACACCAGCAGCCCCGAGUUUGAUGACCUAGAAAUGUGUACGUCUCUGGAAUGCGGUUCCCAAUGGUGGCCUGCCAGCAGCAAUGGCAAACCUACCACCCAGAGCUCCGGUUAUGGUAACGAGCCCUCCUCUCUCCAGCACCUUGUUAAGGACCUCCGCUCACAGCUAUCCCGCUCCCAGGGAGUGAUCUCCGGGCUCCAGAGCCGCCUCCGUUCCCUCUCUACCUCUAGUGAAUAUGGCCCUUCGAUACCCCACAAGGUCAACUGGUCCAUCCAGGCAUCAGCUUCACAGAGCCAGGCAGAGGAUAAUGAGGGCUGGCAGUCAUCUAAGGGAGGUCAACUAGGUUCACCCCAUCACCCAGGCAAGGACCUAGAGAGGCUUGCGUCUCGUGUGGAUGCACUGGAGGACCAGCUGAUGAAAGGUGGAAAGAAGGCUGCGGUAGAGGAUGGAGUAUCUGCCACCUUGCCAGGAAAAUUUGACACACUGAUCCAGGCUCAGGCCAAAGAACUGUCUCACCUCCGCCAGCGGCUACGAGAGGGUCAGGGUGUGUGCAGCAUCCUCACCCAGCACCUGGGAGACACAACCAAGGCGUUUGAGGAACUGCUGAGAGCCAACGACAUCGACUACUACAUGGGCCAGAGCUUCAGGGAUCAGUUAGCUCAGAGCAGUGCUCUGGCACAGAGAGUUAAUGCCAAAUUUGGUGGAAGAGAUUGUUCCGAAAACCCAGAUAAGACAGAGCUACUUGCCAUCCGCCUCAGUAAAGAGCUGCAGCAGAAGGACAAGGUCAUUGAGUCUCUCCGUGCCAGACUAAACCAGCAUCAGCAGCACCAUCAUCCUCAUCGUUCUGACACACCCUGCAGCGGUCAUGCCCUCUCUGAUACCACCGACCAAUCAGAUCGCAUCUCUUAUGUGUCCGAUGAGCAUGGAUCCACAAUUGAGGACCUGGAGUUGAACUCUGAUGUCGAAGCUGCCAGUGAGCUUGGUCAGGAUGAAUCACGGAUUUCUGCCAAAGUGAGCACAGAUUGUCACCAUGGAACAGUGUCACGCCAUCCAUCUAUCCCUCCAUCUAUCACCUCAUCUCACAGAACCCAGUCCUGUCAUAGCUGCUCCAGCAUGCAAUCCACCAGCUCCCAACACACAGGCAUGCAGAGUCAGACAGGGUUUUCUACUCCUCAAGCCAAACCCCUUCAGGGUUUCCCAUUUGUCUACCAGCAGCCGGACUCCUUUGACUUACUGCCUCUCUCCUACCAAGGAUUCCAACCUUCUCCUUUCAGCAGUGCUGCUAGCAACAGUAGUCUGGAUGCCAGCUUGACAAUGAAAGCUGGGGCCAGCCUCCUGGAGAGCAGUGCAUUGUGGGAUGUGAGCUAUGGAAAUCGAGCAGUGAGAACUGGAGCUGACCUGUCAUCAGGAUCCUCAGGGUACCAGUCAGGCAACAGUCACACAGGUUCAGACCUGAUGAAGGAGCACUUGAGGGAAAUCAGGAGUCUGAGGCAGAGACUGGAGGACUCCAUCCACACCAACGACCGUCUCCGACAACAGCUGGAGGAGAAACUGGCCCGAACCACCACUGAGAAAGGUGCUCCUACCAAUAUUUACAUCCAGGGACUGGAAUCAGUCAACCAGCUUGCCAGUGAGAUUAGACUUCUAAAAGAGGAAAAUGUUAGUCUACAAAAUCAGCUGAAGCAGGUUACCAAAGAGAGCACUAAGGAGGCAGAGCAGCUGAGGGAGGUGGCGCUCCAGGAGCGUUCCAGGGUGAAGGAGGUGGAGCUAGAGGCUAAGAAGUGGGCAGAGCAAACCAGGAAGCUCCAAGCUGAGGCUGAAGCUCAGAGUCAGGAGAUGUUACACCUGAAACAAGACAGACUGAGGAACCAGGAAACCGUCAACAGGCUCCAGCAUGAGUUGACUGUUCUCCGGCAGCAGCUUUGUGAGAGCCGCAGUUUGGUCCAUUCUCUUCAGUGUGAGCUGCAGGUGUAUCGCAAAAAGGGGAGAGUCACCACAAAUGUGCCCACUGGUCAAGGCAGUGACAGCACAACAGUCUUUGAUCCCAAAGACCUGCACAUUCAGCUGGAGCAGCAGCUGAGCAGAGAAGCUGACACGCAGCCUCAAGCCAGGAGGCAGCUCUUCAGCGAUAGCGUUCCCUCUCCACCUGUGAGAGACACUGGACUUUUCAGUCCUUCCUCUCCUUUGCAUGCUAUGCAGAAACACACAGAGGAAACUGGAGCAACUGAUCCGGCAGGCUCAACCCUGCAUGGACAUCGCACAGAUGGCUGUUUUUAUAACUGUCAUGGCCACCAUGCAGUUGGCCACAUUGAUGACUUCAAAGUUCUGCAGCAGCACAUCCUCCAGGGAAGUGCGCUCCUCCUUAAGAUGGAGACUGCUCUUUAUUCUCUGAGCACCUCACAGGAGUUCUCCUUUCAUCAGCUUUCAGACUGGGGUUCUGUUCAGAAGCUGCUGCUGGACACUAAAACUCUGCGGCAGAUACUGGAUGAGGCUGAGUCUCUGCUUUGCAUGUUCUGGAGAGCAGCUCUGCCUAAAUCUGAGGAAGUCCAACAGGCUCUCAGAAAGGAUCACACCACCCCACACAGAAAUCAGUCUCUGAAGGAGGAGGUCCUUUCUCUCCGUCUGAAGCUCUCAGAGCAAGAACAGGCUCUAAAGGAUACAAUGGAGAGAGUGAAGAGCUCCAGCGGCACCAAAGAUAGCAUGGAGCACUUUAUAGUCAGCCAAUUGUUGAGAACACGCGAUGUCUUGAGAAAAGCCAAGACCAACUUACAGGUGAAAUCUCAGGCGGACGCUUCUGUGAGCUCAGCAUGUCUCCUGGUUGGAGUGUCAUGAAGCCCCAAACUUCACCCUGUAGCUCUUCCUCCUCUCCUGCCCAGGGAUGGACUCACCACCAGCUCCCCCUGCAGGAAGUCUUCCUGUAGCUCAGAGUUCAUCAUCACUGCCAUCUCCGUCUGUGUUAUUUUAUUAUUUGUAUCAAUGGUAUAAUUUGUGUGGAUGUUUGCAGGAUUUUCCUGGAGGGAACUCAAAGGUUAUACUCAGUAUCUCAGUUUUUCUCAAGUCUCAGUUUGGCUGAAAUUUGUUUAUGAUUCAUAGCGUCUGUCUGAUGCGGUCUUUUUGCAUUAUUACUAUUAAACCAAAUUUUAAUAAGAAUAGAACUACAUUUAAAACAGUUUGAAAACUUUUAGAUUUAUCAGCAAAUUAAUCAGCAAUUUCUGGAGGAUGCUCUUGACUCACAGUUUAAAAGUGACAAAUCAGGAAGGAGCUUCACCUUUGUUACUUCAGCAGGGAUUUUAAAAUGCAAAAAAAUUUGUUUAAUGCCAGCAGGAAAAGGGAGAGUUUAAAAGCAAAAUCCAAAGUGCUUCCUCUUAGCCUCUGUUGAGGCUCAUGUUUGUAGUCAGUGUGUAGAAUUACAUGCAUGUGGUGUGAGCAUUGCGAUAAAACAAAGCCAUACUCCCCAGAGGUAGUUAUGUUUUAGUUUUGUCCUAAUAUCCCAAUGACAAAAGAACAUAGAUCUAUCAAAAGACGUGCAGUCGGCUGUGUAGCUGGUAGAUGAUGUUCUUACUUUCAAGUAACACAGCAGCUUAGUGUCACUGAUUCACCAUUCACCCUCCAACUUCACUUUUUCUGUUAGACAUGGAAACAAUCUUUCCUUUAUCUUUAGAUAUUUUAAAAUGGGGGUCUGGCAUCAUCAACUUGCAGGCUUGAUAAACCGUGUAAAAAAGAUACUUGCGAGAUACAUUUUAAUAAAUGGUCCAGAAAGGAUGACAGUUCAUUUUUGUAACGAGAAAAAAAAACCCCAUAGCAUCUCUUUUUUUCUUCUUCGUCAUCUUCUUUUUAAAAAAAAAACACAAAUAAACAAAAACUUUUUUUUCUAUGUUUAUUUUUUAGCUAAAUUUGUCAGUCUCUGUGUGUUUUAAUGUUUUGUCACAGCGAUAUUUUAAAAAAAAUAAACACGUCUCUGGAAGCGUUUCCUUUGGAAGAGGUUUUGUGACACUCACAGUUUAUUUUAUUUCAUUGGCUCCUCUUGUGUUUAUUAUUAUUAUCAUUAUUAUUAUUGUUUAGUUUGUUUUCGUGACUUUUUUCUGUUUUGUAGGUCACCUGUUUUGUUUUGUGCAUGAACUGUGGCUUUACUGCCCUCUAAUACUUUUACUGAAAAAUGCAAAUUCUGGGGUUACUGUGCAAUACAUAGCUCUGUGUUUCUUUGCUUUUGUUUUUAAGCUUGAGUAUUAAAGUGCCAUGUCAACUGUUUUAAUUCUAAAACUGAACUGAUUUAAGAAAAUUAUUUGUUAGAUGAAUGCAUGUGACAAUCAGUAUGAAGCACUUUUAUUGGCCCAGGCAUUUUUAGCUAUCUAAAUCACAUAAAACAGCACUAUACUAUAGGAGUGUAGUUAAGAAGCAAUAAAAUCAACCAAAGUAGACAACUUGCAUGUUGUUAAAUCAGGUUUAAAAGAGAUUAAACAGUUUUGGACUGUUUUCCCUUAGAGGUCAAAGGUCAAACUUGGUUUGUUUGUUUGUUUUUUAGCGUUAGAGCUGUUUUAGGAGCCACCAUUCAUAUAUGUGCAUAUUAACGGUAGUAUGUACAUCAGAGAGAAGAGAUGGUCUUUGGAUGAAGGCCAUUUGUAUUUUUAAGCCUGUUCUCUUUAUUAAAAUGUUUUGUGGUGAAGAUCUUUCCAAUAAAAGGGGACAAAAAUA